AUGGCAAAAUCAUAUUCAACCCUCCCCGUUCCGGGUUUUGCUCAUGGAUCUAAGAAUUUAUUUCCACCCGAAUCACUAGAAGAAACCAGACAAGUGAUCGAGAACCUUUGCAUCCAUAUCAAAUUCGCCAGCAAAAUAAGAAAAUGCGAGAAAUUUACUGGAGGCAACAACACCGCCAUCGCCUUCACAUGUCUUCCUCUCAACGCAAAAGACAAGUGCCAACGAAUCGCCUGUGUCCUACCAGAGGAAAAAUUCAAAAUCCACAAGCUUGUCCUAAUUGGUGCGGAAAUGGAACAAAAGGGUCUAUUCGUUGAUGAACCGGCUGUGGUAUGGCAUUUGGAUUUUUAUCCGCGAAAUAUCAUGAUUGAAAGUUCGAGAAAUCAUGUUAUGCUCACUGGAGUCAUUGAUUGGGAUGAUGCUAAGGCUGUUCCUAGAAUAAUGGCAAGAAGACCCCCUAAUUUCCUCUGGAAUAUGCCUGGUAAUCCUUUAUUACCAGAGGAAAAAACGGCAAUUGCGACGAUUUUUAAUCGGGAGAUGGAGAGGCUCUGUCCGGGAUAUUUGCAAGAUGCUUAUUUGGGGAGUAGAGUUAUGGUUAGAGCGUUGUGUGUGUACGCGUUUUCUGGGGUGGAUUAUAGAUUUUAUCAUGAGUGGUCUUGA